AUUUGUAAUUUCGUUUUGCUGGGUUACGUUUAAUUAACUUUGCCGUUUUCGCAUUAUUUGUACGAAGUGCAUUUUAGCUGUUUUACUUUGAUCAAGUCAAGUGAUAAUAUAAAAAGCAUAUUGUUUUAAAUGAAAAUACGACUGUGCCGGUAAUAGUCGCAAUAGCGUGAAAUGGCGGCGGAGGUACCCGUAAGCGAUGUGUUAUGUGAAGCGAUGGAAUAUUUGUCUAAACUGGGACUGAAUUUACGAACUCGAUCGGAGAAACUAAAAGAGAAAAAAAUCAGAAAAGACAAAUUAAGAAAUUCUCAUGCACUACAAAAAGCAGCCAACAAAGUGCUUCUUAUAUGUGAAUUGUCAAAAAAAUCACUUGAUAACGUUGAGAUAGGUGUUCGUAAAGUACUAUCCAUUGUCGACAAAUCACAAGCAUCCUACAACGAUGGCGGGAAAAGUAACCACUCAAUGAAAGAAAAAGAUGAAAGUUUUUAUAAAUUUUUUGAGUAUAAAUCCCAAAAGUUAAGAGUUCGCAAAAGUGUGCCAUUAAAACAUUAUUUGUCGGUAAAAGUACACGCAAGAAGAAUGCCCUUAUCUAUGCUCGAAAAAUAUCCAAUAAAUUACGAUUGUAAAUUAUACAGAAUAAGGAAAAAGAAAAUUCUGACCACAUCAGAGAAAGGUAGGAGAACAAGUGAUAGUUCGGUUAAUUCAGAAAAAGAAACAAUACACAAUGAUACAGACCAACCACAAGUUACUGAUGCUUCUGAGCAAGGUCAAUUUCCAGACACAUCUUUAGAAACAUCUCAUGUGUUAGAUAAAUCUGGACCAAAUAUAGAAAAUGAAGAAGAAACAACAUUAAAUGUAGAUUCAUUACAUUGCCAAAUUGACACCUGCAAUUUAGGCAAUAAUGUUGAUGAAGACAGUCAUAAUGAAACUGCGAAGCAAUAUACCCCAGGAUCAGAAAAAUCUGAAUGUGAACAAGCAGAAAAAGAUAGUUUAAAGAAACAUAAAAAUGCAGUUUCUGAAAGUAUACAGGAGUGUAGUAGAACUACUGAAGUAGCAGACAACUCAAGUAAUAUGAUAGGUGUCAAUAAUUGUUCUAGAGAAACAGAAGACAAAAGUAUUGAUGGACCUGAUGUAAAUAAAGAUCUUGUUAUUACAACAGAAAUGCUACUGGAGACUCUAUUUGAAACAGAAACAGAAAAACCAAAUGACGUAAUUCUAAGCGAAAAAGAAGAACAAAAGAAACCUUUCAUUAAAUGUGUGAAUUUAAAUAAACUAUUGAAACCUGAUCUAUACCAAGAUGCCAAUAAAGGAUCCAAAAAGACAGGAGAAAAUGAGAAUGAACAUAGCGAGUUACUGAACACAAACAGGAAGCAAGAUAGUGUUCAGAAAUCCACAAGAGUUGUUUCUGAAACAGGAAAAACUACAAUAUAUGAUACAGAAGAUAACUACUGGAAGAAAAAAAGAGAAGAAGCUAAAGCAUUUAAAUCAAAACAAUUCGUAAUUUCAAUAAAUAGACUACCUAAAUUAACUAUCGCAUUUCUACAUGCCAAUAAAUUAAAAAGAAUUGUUCAAAAUGGAUUAACUGUUUGUAAAAUUAAUCCAGAAAUAGAUAAAACAACUAAAGACAUCUCAAGAGAAAUAAAGUCAGCCCUCUUGAAUGAGUCAGAUUCUGAUGGUUUUACUGCAGGAACACCUAAAACUUUAUCUGCAGUUACUGAAAAAAUCAAAGAUUCCUUACUGAUUGAGUCUGAAAGUGAUGCAGGAGGUAAACAUUCAGCAAGUGAGAAUUAUAGUUCAAAAAAUUGUGAAUCUCAAAAAGAGGUCCAUAAACAUAAAUCCAAAAGAAAAAACAAAGAUCUCAAGUCUAUAGAGAUAGACAAAAUUAAUGAUUCAGAAGGUAUUAAAAGUUCUGAAAAUGAUGAAGAGAAAAAAUCUUAUGACACUUCAAACAUUCAAAACAGUAGAACGGAAUCAGUGAAAACUUCUUUAUUAGAAGAUUCUGAUUCCAACUCCAGUAAGAAAACCUUAGUGAUUAGUAGAACAAAAGAGAACUGUUUUAAUUCUAAUGAUGAUUCUAAAGAAGAUGAUACUUCAAAAUAUAGUGAAUGUAAUGAAAACAGAAAUGCUUCCGAUAGUGCUAGUAAAGACAAAAAUACUUCAACAUUAAAUCUAGAAACUAUAAAAAAUCAUACAGGUGAUGAAAAUAGUGAUAAUAGUUCAAAAACUCCAGUUAAGUCUAAUGAUAACUCAUGUGAAACUCUUCAUAAUAAUGAGAAAAAAUUAACUCCUCAAUCCAAAAGGAAACGAAUAAUGGAGAGCAUGAAAGCAAAGAAAAUGCUCUUGUCGUAUUCUAGUUCUGAUGAGGAAAUACAGCAGAAAACAAGGUUUAAAAAAAUCAAACGAGCAUUGCUCGAUGAAAGUUCAGAUGAUGAGAGUAACUCAAAUCAUCAAAAGAACAAGGAAAAGCAGAAUAGUUCAGAAAUUUCAUCAUCCUCAUCUGAACGAAAGAAAAAGCAAGAUUCAAAAUUGGAUAUAUCAAAUAAAAAGGGUAAUUCCAAAAACCAUAAAGCAGAGAAAGAGAAAAUAAACAAUGAGGACUCCCAUAGAAGCAAGAUGGUCCGAUCUAAGACGAAGCCUGGGAGCAGCAUCAGCCAAAAUUCAGACACUCAGGAUGACAAAGAUGUUGAUAGGCUUACAAACUUGGAUGCGUUAGAGAAACCUCGUCGACGUGAAACUGAAGAUAAGAGGAGUAGAACAAAUAACAGAGCAAGAUCUAAAGCAAACGAAAUAAUCGGUGAACAGAUGCUCGAGCCGGACACUAGUUCUGAUGUUGCUUCAGAAGCCGGGAGCGAUGUUUGUGAAGAAAUACCACCGGUAACAUUUAACAAUGGUAUUGAGCAUCUCAGUAAAAGUGAACUGCUGGGAGAAAGUGACUCGUCGAUUUCAAAUGAAAAAGAAAAAAGUUCAGAGAACACACCGACAGUGGACGAAUCUGAAGAUGACAAUUUAAAAUCAAAACGACGUAAGGCGAACGCCAUCUCGUCGGACUCUGAAGCCGGCUCGUCUCGCAAGAAGGAGGACCGAGAAGUCAAGCUGAGCGACUUCGAGGACUCGGAAGAGAGCUCUGAAUCCAACAAGAAGAGCAAACGGAAGAAGAAGGGAAGUGAAAGUGACGCGUCCGGGUCUUGUUCCGAUGGAAAUAAGAAAAAACGGCGUAGAAUCAAACAGAUUAAUGAGAGCGAUUGUUCAGAUUCGGAAGAAGAGACUGAGGGUAGGAAUAAACAUGGAAGGAAAAAUAUACGUAAGGUCAUGGGUAAAGACCAGCUGGAAGAGGCUACCAAAAAAGCGGCGCGCCAGGAGAAGGAGAGGAUUGCUAGAAUCGCUGAAAGACAGAAAUUGUACAACAAUCUGGAAUUUGAUGAAUCUGGAAAACCUGAUGAAGUUGUCUUGGAGAAGGUUGUUCUUGAUUUCGACCCCGAGACCAAGGAGCCGCUCAUACAAGUUGACAGAGGCCUUGUCAAAAAACUAAAGCCACAUCAGGCAAACGGAAUAAAGUUCAUGUGGGAUGCGUGCUUUGAAAGUGUGAAACGUAUAAAAAAGGACAAGGGCUCUGGAUGUAUUUUGGCACAUUGUAUGGGCCUGGGAAAAACGUUACAAGUGAUAUCGCUGACGCACACGCUGCUGACGCACGGGUCGCUGACCGGCGUGAGCAGGGUGCUGGUGGUGUGCCCGCUGUCCACGGUCCUCAACUGGGUCAACGAGUUCCGCAUGUGGUUGAAACACGCCGAGAACAACUUUGAAGUCGACGUGUACGAACUCUCCAGGUUCAAACAAAAUUCAGAACGCGCAUUCCAAUUGAGUCAGUGGUACAAAAGCGGAGGUGUUUGCGUUCUCGGCUACGAAAUGUUCCGGAAUCUCUCAGCCGACAACACUAAGAAAUUUAAGAAGAAGAUGCUCAAGAACUUCCAGGAGAGCUUGGUUGACCCCGGUCCAGAUCUAGUAGUAUGUGACGAGGGUCAUCUUCUGAAAAACGAAAAGACAAGCCUCUCGCAGUCCAUGAACAAAGUGAAGACGCUACGUCGCAUCGUACUUACUGGGACGCCCCUACAGAAUAAUCUGAAAGAAUACUACUGCAUGGUGCAGUUCGUGAAGCCGAACCUGCUGGGCAAGUACAACGAGUACCUGAACCGUUUCGUGAACCCGAUCACCAACGGGCAGUACACGGACUCCACCGAGCACGACAUCCGCGUCAUGAAGAGGCGCUCGCACGUCCUGCACAAGAUGUUGGACGGAGCAGUGCAGAGGAGGGAUUACGGAGUGCUAGCGCCUUUCCUGCCUCCGAAGCACGAAUACGUACUCUUCAUUACUCUCAGCGAAGUACAAGUCAAACUGUACCAACAUUAUUUGGAAAACUAUUCACGAAGGCCGAUGCCAGGGAAAUCAUCAGGAUUCCUGUUCCCCGACUUCCAGUCGCUGCAGAGGAUAUGGACGCAUCCGCUCGUUCUCAAGUACAACUCUGAACGCUACGAGAUUAUGCAGCAAAAGAAAAGAGAAAGAGAAGAAGAAGACUCCGAAGGAUCACUUGUGGACUUCAUUGACGACGACUCCACGCCUGAGGAAACUUCAACAGAGGAGUCUUCCGAUGACUCAUCAGAUGUGAGUGACGACAGUCAAAAAAAGAGUAAGAAGAAGAAGGCAGCUAAGAAGAGCAAGGCAAAAGACUCUAAAGCUUCGACGCGUCGGGGGACCAGGGCCAAUCCAGUGGAACAAGAAGAUCAUCAUUCUGACAUCGAGGAAGUGGUUGAGGUAAAAAAUGAAAAUCCGACUGAGUGGUGGAUCAAACUUGUCACCGAGGACGAGCUGGAAGACAUGCGGCACUCGCACAAACUUGUUCUGCUCUUCGACAUAUUGAGGCAGUGCGAAGCCAUCGGAGAUAAACUAUUGGUGUUCUCACAAUCUCUGUAUUCAUUGGACCUCAUAGAACAUUUCCUAGGUAAAGUAGACGACGCGACUCAGGCAGGCCGGAUCGAUGAGAAACUGGGCGGACACAUGGGUUCAUGGUCUCCCGGUAUAGAUUAUUUUCGUUUAGAUGGCUCUACGUCGUGCGAGAACCGCUCCAUCUGGUGUAAGAAUUUCAACAGAGAAGAUAAUCCAAGAGCAAGAUUAUUCUUGAUCUCUACUCGGGCGGGUGGCCUCGGAAUUAACUUGGUGGCGGCCAAUCGCGUGGUCAUAUUUGAUGUGUCUUGGAACCCUUCACACGACGUGCAGAGUAUCUUCAGAGUCUACCGAUUUGGACAGAAGAAACCUUGUUAUGUGUACAGGUUUUUGGCCAUGGGCACAAUGGAAGAAAAAAUCUACGAGCGGCAAGUAACCAAACAAGCCAUCUCGAAGCGCGUGAUCGACGAGCAGCAGAUAGACCGGCACUACGCCGAGAACGACCUCGCCGAGCUCUACAAGUUCGAGCCCGCCCCGCCCGCGCCCCGCGAGCUCCCCGCGCUGCCCAAGGACCGGCUGUUCGCUGAGAUGCUGCGGGAGCACGAGCUGCAGAUUUACAAAUAUCAUGAGCAUGACUCACUAUUGGAGAACAAAGAAGAGGAGACUUUAACCGAGGAGGAACGUAAAGCCGCCUGGGAGGACUUCGAGAACGAAAAGAACAGACCGCCUCCCGCGCCCUUCCCCUCCGCCUGGCCCAUGCACAAUGGAAUGAUGCCGGGACUACUGGCGCAACAGCAGCAGCUGGCGUACGCGGUGGCGGCCAUGCUGCGCAAAGACAUGCCCAACAUCACCGACAGCCAGAUCCGGGACAUGUUGCCGAUGAUAUACAACUCUAAUCCUGCGGUCGGUAUGUUCGGUGGAUACGAUUACGGCAUGAUACAGAAAAUGAGCGAAAUGUAUAAGUAUGCGCAGCCCAGUAUGAUGAAUCCUGCAAUGAUGGGCUCUGCUAUGAACGCCGCGACCGGCAGCGGCUCGAGCGGCUCCAGCUCGCUGCAGUACGAGCCGCCCUGGCAGAGACAGCAGCAACAACAACAACAAAUGCGACUCCAACAACUCAUGCAACAUCAGAACCAAAUGGGUGCGAAGUACUACGCAGGCGGACUGGGCAGCCGCGAUCCGGUGGCCAUGGCGCUGCAGCAGCAACGAGCCCGCGACCUCAUGCUGGGCGGCACCCGGCCCCGCGGGCGGCCCCCCCUCCAGCGAGCCCCGCCCGUCGCGCACGCCCCGCCCGCGCACAUGCAGGACGUCGUCAACCUCGACUCCGACUAGCCGCAGGUUAAGUGAAAUCGAUCGAAAUGUACAGUUUCUAUAAAUAGGUGCUACACGCGGCGAAGAGCUAUGCAGAAGGGGAAACCGUGGCGAGAAGUGAAAAGUGAGCCCACAGAAAUGUUGGAUGUCAAAAAUUCCUAACCUAUUGGACUUUUCCUGUUGGCCAAAUUACACAAUGGAAGUUUUUAGCUCUUAAUAUGUAGCUUAUCGUCUAAGACACACGCUCUAAAAAGCUACAUAUCACGAAUCUCAGUAUUUUAGAUAUAUUUUCCUAUAUUUCGUUUGACUCUUUGGUAAUUGAAACUUGAGGACUGGCGGCGUCCACAUAUCGAAGAAUCUCUUGAUUUUUGUUUUAUAUACACAAUGUUCGUCAUAUUUCAAAAAUCAUUAUUUCUUAGCUUUGAAUUGAAAUAUGACAGUUGUGAUUGAACGCUGGCGUUCAGCCUUUUGGAAUAACGAAAAAUGAACAAAAUUUGAAGCAUUCCGCAGAAGCAUUAAACCCUAAGCCUGCAGCAUUCCAGUGUACAUUAUAUUUAUGCACUGUUUUGUGGAUAAAUAAUGUAUGCAAAUUCAUGCACGUACUGUGGAAUGCUUGUGACAUGAUUUUAAAAUUUGUAUAUCUUUCAGUACAGGAAAUUAGCUAAUAAGUUAUGUGUAGUUAGUGGACAUCUGGAUCAAAAUUUUGCAAACUAAAUGAGAGUACUGAUGAUAUAUGAUAAGUACUAUACACUAAUUAUGCACUAAUUUUUUCAUUCUCAUAUUAAAAUAAUGUAUUGCAUUUAGGGAUUAAUACAAUAUUUUAGAGCCAAGGACAACAAUAGCUGUUUUAAUUAAUGUAACAUUAUUAAAAUAAUAUUGUUUUUUACAUUUAAUUUUUAUAAUAUGCUUUCAUUUUAAUAAUAAUCGUGCAAUAUUUCUCUAGAAGUUCAUUUUUUUUUUAACAAAUCCGCAAUUUAAACGAAUUUGAGUCUUAGAGCAACGCCGGGACAUAUGUAAAUUUUGUGUUUCUUAGAGCUUACUAAAAACAUUUGCAAUAAUUUGAGAAAAAUUAUGUUGAAGUAAAUACAACAAAACCAGUACACGAUGCGCUUCUAAUACAAACACAAUAUUAGCAAUAAUGAUUUCGUGUAAUAAUCAUUAAAACCAGAAGGCAAAAAAUUGUGUAUUCUUGCCAAUAGACAAGCUGAUAAAAAAAUUAGAAUAGUUAGUCCUUCAAAAAAAAUUCAUGUUUUUAUGAGUAUCAAAAAUUUCGGCAUUAUUAUCUGUUCCAAAUAUGAAGUCCUAUUUUGCACGUAAAGAUGAGUUGUACAGUACUAGUAAAAAAUAUUUGAAACAUAACUAACUCCACGUCUCAUGGACUUCACACGUUUGGAGCAGAGAUUAGUCUGUUGUGAGAUGUUUUAGUGAUUUAUAUCUUUAUGUGACUAUAUUUAUUUGUCUGCACAAACAGACUGUUUAGUUGUGAUAUUGCAUAACCUUAAACUUUUUUGUAUACGUUUAUUUUAAAGAGUCACACCUGUGACUUUAAUCUUAGAUACAACUUUUAUAGGUACAUAAUUAUAUUUGAAAUGAUCAGAGUGUAAUGAGUAUGAUUUGAAGUAUGGAAUUUCGUAAUUUGAUUUAACGAUUUGAUUUUUAUAAUUUUCUUUUAUCAUUUAAUGAUGUUAUUUAUAGUUUACAGUUAGUAAAUGAGCAGUAUUUCGUUUAGUUAUAGGACAUAAUACAAUACUUGUUAUUUCAGACAUCACCCUAAAAAUAAUUGUGUAUGAUUUUAUUUUUAUACUUACCUAAAUGCUACAAUAAU